AGAACCCUGAGAGAUCAAAGGGGGAUGGAAAAGGAGAAACGCUGCCAGCGAAUUGCAUCCAUGUCAAACCCAUAAUUCAAGACACAAGACAGGCUUCAAUCCCAAAGUCUGUCUGUCUUGCAGUCGAUUGAUUGUACUACAUUCUCCUCUUCAGACCUUUUAAUUCUUGUAUUUUAAUAAUUCCUCUACUUCGCCCUUCUGCUUACGACCACUCCUCAUCGCGGUCUUCCUACAUAAUCUCACUCCCAGGGGCCAUUCAGCCCUAGUCGCCAACGCCUCGUCGAUCCCCCGUCCCACCACCCUCACCCUCACCCUCACGCGACACCAUGAAGAUCGGACGCCGGCGCAUAUCACUUCUUUUGUUGUUGGUCUCUUCUAUUGUAUACACCGAAGCCUCGGUGGGCAGGCUGCCGCGAGCGCUGUCUCCGGCCAAAAAUCUCCAGGCUGCGGGCACACUGGGCGAAGUUGUCGCGUCGGCGGGAGGAUCAACCGGUGCCGGAGUCGGGAGUGCAAGCGGAAGUGGAAGCGGAAAACAUUUGGGCACAGAACAUGCACCCGUCGACGGCAAAGAUGGGAUGCCACACGAAGGACCCUUUGUCGAGACGACGGCAGAGCGCACUCGAAAGAAGACGCACGGGUCAGGACUAGAUGACGACGACUCGGCGUAUCAAAAGACAUAUUCGGACCAAUACUCAGACACAAACAUACCGCAGUCCAACGACGCAGUCAUGGACGACCGACUCCGGUCGAAUCCUGUCGAGGGCACUCGGGGCGUGGAAGGCGGCAUCUCAGAAAAGUCGAGGGAGGGCAAAAUCACAGACAAGAAACCCGACCCGCCUAAGGACGCCCGACCCAUCCCGCACAGCGAGGUCGAACAUCUCAAAGAGGCAGACAGCUCGCACGGCUCGGAGCCCAAAGGCGCGGCGGUUCUGGAAGAGGACCCUAAGAAGAUCCUUGCGGCUCCGACAGAUCUUCCAGAAAAGCCCUACGACAUUCCUCCUCCAGAAAACCCCUCGUCGCCCAAGGACACGAAGCUGUCAUCAGAGACGGGCAGCAAGACCCUCAAAUCGGCAGAAGAUGAAAGUGCCGUCAUCCGACCCAUGCACUCCCUAAUCCUCUCAUUUGCCAUGAUUAUCUUUUCCGAAAUAGGCGACAAGACCUUUCUCGUAGCCGCGCUCAUGGCCAUGCGCCAUCCUAGAGUGGUGGUGUUCACCGCCGCGUUUUCCGCGCUCGUUACCAUGACGGUCCUCUCAGCCGUGCUAGGCCACGCGGUCCCGACAUUGAUCCCGAAAUGGCUGACCAAUUUCGCCGCGGCAGGCUUGUUUUUGGUUUUUGGCGUCAAAAUGCUUCUGGAGGCCCGCGCAAUGAGCCCCGACGAGGGUGUCAGCGAGGAAAUGAAAGAAGUCGAGAUGGAACUGGAAGAAAAAGAACAUCAACAACAGCGCCGAAUGUCGAGACGUCGAUCGUCGAUUUCUCCUUAUGCCCUGGAAGCAGGUCGUCUUUCUAUCGGUUCCAAGAAACAUACAAGCAACGGUCGUCUCCCGUCCCCGCCCGAAAGUCCCGCCAGCUCGAGAGAAAGCUCUCCGGCUCGUGGUGUUGGUCCGUCUAUCAGCAAUGCCCUGGCCGGUAUUAACAACUUGUGCUCGUUACUGCUUAGUCCUGCCUGGGUCCAGACUUUUGUCAUGACCUUUUUGGGCGAGUGGGGUGAUCGCUCGCAAAUCGCUACUAUUGCCAUGGCCGCCGGUCAGGAUUACUGGUGGGUUACGGUUGGUGCUCUCGGCGGCCAUGCCAUUUGUACCGCUGCUGCGGUGUUGGGAGGAAAAGCCAUUGCUGGAAAAGUCAGUUUGAAAACAGUUACCAUGGGCGGCGCAAUUGCCUUUUUGGUCUUUGGGGUUCUUUACCUCCUCGAGGCCGUGUACUAGUCUGCUAGAAAACCACCUAGUCGGAGCCACACGGGGCCUCUUUGCUUUUUCGCUUUUUGCGUUCCAAUGCUGGGAUGAAUGGAUGGGGAGAAUCGAUCAAGAAAGACGUCUUCAAGUCAGAGUCAAUUAGCCGAAUCAGGCGCGAAUGGAGUUGGUGGUCGGUGGGCGGCCGUGGUAGCGUGGUAGCUGCUACUUUAAAAUGUAAUACAGCUGGCUGAUGCUAAGGAUACUCAAAAUUCAGUGCUCGACGAGGUUAAAGUGCACCUCGAUUUCAAUUCGGCGCAGAACAGGGGGCGAGGCGGCAAGGGCAGACAUACACACUUUGUAGUAGGUAGCCACUCGGAGUCGGACGAAAUGAGAUCUUCAACUGAUCAAUCACAUGGACCUGGACGUGGAGGUAAAUUGCACUGGCAGCGGCCAAUCCUGUAAUGUGAAAAACUUUUUCCAUCAUGAUAACUCGUAAUACCUACAUAC